UUUGCAUAUAGAGCUUGUCGCUGCGCAAUCUUGAGCAGCGAGAUGCCGCAGCUGCGCACACACUCACACACACACGCCUCAAAUAUGACGCUGAAGCGAAAGUUCCCGCGAGCAAGCCGCUCUCUUCUUUUCGUUCGGCCAGGGUUUUUCAGACAUUGAUUGGCCAUGCAAGCGGUCCCUUGGGUCUCCGCCGGGAUCGAAGUUGGCGCGGAUGACCGCUACCGCAGACCACAGGUUGAGAGUGUAUUAACAGUUGAGAACGCGAUAUGCCGUACGUCUGGAGUUGAGAACGCGAUAUGCUGCCUGCAGUGUAUUAACAGUGAAGAACGGAUGGAACCCCCCGGAAAACCUCGCCGCCGUCGUCCUGUGCCAGGUCCCGUGGAUGGACCUUUCUUCCGUAACCGGCCGCAACCUCCCGGACAGUGAUCUCUCCCGGGCUGCCGUGCGGGUUGUGCAAAUGCUGGGCAGGUGUGUGCGAUCCCCGGAACAGGCUGCAAGAAGGCUGGCCAUACUGGCGGACCAGGCCUUUCAGACUUGGGAAUUUCUGGACGAGGCUUCCCGCAAGAAGCGCAAGCCGCAGGCGUUGGACGACGUGCAAACUGGGUACUACGCUGGGGGGUUAUGGCAGUGGCAGAAACUUUUUCCUGCAAAACUUUUUUUUUUUUCGCCAUGCGCAUCACCCAGCGCGAAAAGUAGAUAUCGUCUCAGCUGCGACUAUCUCACGCGUGCGCGCUGCGGCUUUAUGCCCAUGUCAAAUUUGCUGGUCUGCAUGCAGGAACAGGACGGACCUUGCCGCCGGUUGCGUCCCGGGUCCGGUCCGUGACGGCAGGCGCAGGAGCCGGACAGACACAGUAUGGAAUGGCGCUGGUCGGAUAAAAGAAUUACGCAGCCAAGCCGAGGCCGUCUGUGCCGCGGCUCGUGGCAAACAGCUGGCCCUUGCCCCGGUAGGCAAAACAGGUGGCCACGUCCGGUUGUCAAACAAUUCAAAGCUAAGCGCGACGGCCCCAAUGACAUAGGCGCCGCGGAUACGCCACGACUUCGGGUCUUGGGCUCGGGCCAGCGCUUUUCAGCCCUGGUUGUUUUACAAAGAGCAAAAGAAUCUUGCGUCUUCGGAAGCAAGCAAAAACCCUCAAGGGGUACCCCCAGGCCCUUCCCCAAACCCCCCCCCCCUUUUGGGUCUUCGCAGAAGGGUGCUCCCCCUUAGUAUCUCCACGAAGGGGGGUCCCCCAAACCCCCCCCUCAAGGGGGGGGCCGAGCCCCCUUUUUUCUUCCGCAAGUUUGCAGCUUUUCAAAAGCAAUGUCAGGAAAAAUGAUCACGCGAACCCGGCAAGGACGGGUGUUACACAGUCGGGCCCGGAAUAAAGCGGGCGACUUUAUUGGCUCUGUGCGCCUACACUAUCAGUGGCUCACAGAGUAUUUUGGAAGCUAUAGGGCGCCAGGUCCCGUGGCCAUGCUCGUUUGAGACUGCCGCCCUUGUGCGAACAGUCAGAAUUGCGCUGCCAUAUCAUGAACUACUUCUCGACACGCCAAGGCCGCGGCGGGGGACUUACCUGUCACGCAUCUGGAGGUCAAAGCGCUCAGGACGAAUCCGUGACGCAGCCGAUAGGCAGGCCGACCCUGUCCCUGCAUUUAGACUAGCUAGCUCAGCCUACACGAAAUGCCGUCCUGUUCAUGCGCGGAAUAUUCACCGCCCAGCAGGUGUCUAGUUCUCAUGAUGGGUGAAUUGCAUGCCCAAAAAAAAAAAAGUUUUGAAGCAAAAAGUUUCUGCCAUCGCCAUACUCUCUGGGCGAGGCUUCCCGCAAGAAGCGCAAGCCGCAGGCGUUGGACGACGUGCAAACCGGGUAUUACGCUGGGGGGUACGAGGACAGGUAUUAUAGCAAUCGGCUGAUUAUAUACGUGUAAAAAUUAUGUCGUACUCGUAGUUCUUCGAGCAUGACAAAGUCCUGUCUCUUAAUAUUAUACUGGUUUUGUUGCAUGACAAAAAAAAAUAUAACAUCAACACAGCUACGACGCGGCCAAGGUGCCCGCGGGUACCCGCAGCUAUCGGGCGGGGCGUCAGAAGUCCUCUCGGUCAGCGGACAAUGGCGGGCGGAGGCUGCAAAAGAUGCAGGACCCGUCUUAUGACCUGGAGACCUACGCGUCGGAAGAGCCGGAGCAUGACGCGCCGCAGGAGCCGGAGCACAUUUGAGCAGCUGUGACCUUUUGAUAAACUUAAAUACGGUCGGAACUGCAGCUUCCGCUUGCAGAACACAGUGACGUUUUGGUGGAAUACAGCAGGUUUUUUCUUUUUCUCAAGUACAGCAUUCAUUUGUUAUUGUUUUCCUUUUCUUUGUCGAAAUCAAAUUCCAUAAGUUAUAUCGGCUGUUUCCGCCACAUUUCAUUCUCACAAAUCGUACUACUUUAUUUCUUUUUCCUGGAGGAACCAGAGCCGUAGUAUCAAGUAGAGUAUUAUACUUACCAGAAGAGGGCAGUCAUUCAGUAUGUACAUUCGUUUUCAUCAUGUCCUGUGUUGUUUUUUUCGUAUACAUCAAUUUCUGUGUUCUGCAUCUGGGUCGGGAUUUCCAAAUUCAAAAGCAAAAGAGGCAAAAUUUUAUAUACGAGGCGUUGUUCAGUAUUUAAUCAGUCUCCUUCACUUUGCCAAGAUCACGAACUCGAUGAAGCAGUGCCAUGUAGUCAGUACGUGCUUCUUGACCAGCAUUAGAAGAAAUUUCAGACACUGCAGGAAAAGUCUGACGUAAUAAAGUAGUUUUGUUUCACACAAGUGGUCACGACGAUAAUUUCAAUGGCAAUGGAUUUGGACUCCCUGUAGUGCGGGAGACACGUGGAAG